GGGCUUCAGCUGGAAGAAAAACCCACACAGAGCCAGACAGGAAUCAGUUAGGGGCGAAGGCCACAGAAUUCCCCAUGCACCUGCCAUGGAGAGAGUGCCAGGUGACAACAAAGACAGCCCCACAAAGAGCAGGUUGGAUGCAGAUGGAGCCAAAGAAGAGGCCUGCGGAGAAGCAAGCCAGGCGAAAGAGUCAGCUCGUGAUCAAGGGACUCACCUGAGACACAGCAGAGCAGGGCAGAGAAGCCGAGAACCAAGAGCUUGUUCAUCUUUAGCUUCGUCGCCGUAAAGCUGCGGUCGUGUGGGGAAGGACGUUGAUUGGCUGCUGCCAGGUCUCCACUAGGGGUAAUAUAACUCCGGCUGGUGUUUGAGGUGUGCCAUACUCUGCACACUGCCCGGGCUCUCACUCGCUCAGCACACCGUGCCACUUCCGCCUCCGCUUGAAGGAGAGAAAACGAAGGAUGAACAAGAUGCUGGUUCCUGUUUUCACAGCCCUGCUGUACUUCGCAACGGCGGGCGCCCUCCUGUGCCACGUGUGUGUCAGACAGCAGCCGAACAAGACGUGUAUUGCAGGGAAAAGCAUGUGCAAGGCGGCUCCGGGGGAAUCCUGCUACCUCCAGACACUCCUCCUGGGGAACUUCCCUCUCUAUGCACAGCAGGGCUGCUUCAGAGAUUGCCAGGACCAAGUCGGAGGCACGUUCAUCCGUCACGACUUCCGCUGCUGCACCGAAGACUUCUGCAAUGCCUAGGGGCCAUGGACGCCGCCUCCCUUCCCACUCACUUGGGGGCAGCUGCACUUCUGGAGGAAGUCCACGUUCUCCCCUCCCCCGUCCCUCCUGGUUUCUCUCCUGGUUUCCCCAGUCUGAUGAAAAACCCACCAGAAUCCAAGACCUGCUGUGGCCCAUGCCUGCCCUCUCCUGUCCUCUGGCCCCUCCCCUUCCCAUGGCCCCCUCCCCUUUCACCCCUGUCCUGCCUGCCUGCCCCCUCCCCGUGUCUCGCUGGCCCAGGCCCAGCACUAUGACUCCCUUGGAUAUUGGAUUUGUUGUGGUGCUGUGGGUUAAGGUGACCCCCCCCAGCUAUCGUUCAGAGCCCCUACCCCCCUGAGAGCAUUAAGGGGCCCCUUUCCCCUGGCAGGGCUCUG